CCAAACACCCCUCUCUCUCUCCCUCCCUCCCUCCCUCCCAUAGUAACGGAAUUUUGUUGGAUUUUGACAUUGGUCUGUGAAAAUUAUUAGUUUCAUUGAGGAUUCUUGAAUUUUUUGCGUCUUCCAAGGCAUUUUUCGGGUUAUUCUCAAUAAAGGGGGAUCUGGGUGUUUUGGAUGUUGGAUUUUAUAUGCAUUUAUGUGCAAAUCUGUGUCUGAGCUCCCAUACUAGGAGUUGAAACAAUGGUGGCAGGAAACGGGCUUUUUUACCCAAUUCUUGGUUUUGCAUCAUGUGUGGCCUUCAUGUAUAUGUCUUUUGGGGACUUUUUGCUCAAUUAUCAUCAAGAACCAAAGUUUGAUUUUGUUGAGAGGAAUGGGACUCAGUUCAUGUUGGAUGGAAGGGCCUUUUACGUUAAUGGGUGGAACUCUUACUGGUUAAUGGACCGUGCCGUGGAAGAUUAUAGUAGACCAAGAAUCCGGGCGAUGUUGCAAGCCGGUGCAAAAAUGGGUCUCACCGUGUGCAGAACUUGGGCAUUCAACGACGGUGCUUACAAUGCCCUCCAGAUUUCCCCUGGUCGGUUCAAUGAGCAAGUUUUCCAGGCACUAGAUCAUGUCAUUGCAGAAGCCAGGCAACAUGGAAUAAGGUUGCUUCUUAGCUUAGUAAAUAACUUGCAAGCAUAUGGAGGGAAAACACAAUAUGUCAAGUGGGCAUGGGAAGAAGGCAUAGGUUUAAGCGCCUCCAAUGAUUCCUUCUUUUUUGAUCCAUCCAUCCGCAACUACUUCAAAAAUUACAUCAAGACUAUCCUGACAAGGAGAAACUCCAUUACUGGGAUCGAGUAUAGAAAUGAUCCCACCAUCUUUGCCUGGGAAUUGAUAAAUGAACCCCGUUGCAUGACUGAUACUUCAGGUGAUACUCUCCAAGAUUGGAUAGAAGAAAUGUCAACUUUUGUGAAAUCAAUUGACAAGAACCAUUUACUGACUGUUGGCUUGGAAGGAUUUUAUGGUCCUGAAACCCCCAAAAGCUUGACCAUGAACCCAGAAGAGUGGGCGUCCAGGCUUGGGUCUGAUUUUAUUCGCAACUCAAAGAUCUCUUACAUUGAUUUUGCCUCCGUUCACAUCUACCCAGACCAUUGGUUUCACGGGCAAGAAUUUGAAGACAAUCUCAAAUAUGUGUCCAAGUGGAUGCUUUCACACAUUGAGGAUGGAGACAAAGAACUGAAGAAACCUGUCAUGUUCACUGAAUUUGGGUUGUCAAACCUGAACAAGGACUUCCAAUUAUCUCAGCGAGAUAGGUUUUACAAAACUGUUCUGGAUAUCAUCUAUAAAUCUGCAAAGAGAAAUCGGUCGGGGGCAGGUGCUUUGGCCUGGCAGUUCUUUGUUGGUGGAAUGGAAGAGUACUAUGAUGAUUUUGCUAUUGUUCCAUGGGCGAGGCCGUCAACAUAUAGGCUGAUAACAGAACAAUCAUGCAGGUUGGCAAGAAUCCAGGGACCGAGUCAAUUAAAGGGAAAUUUAAGAGAACUGUGCUUAGAGAAAGAAUAGAAUUACCAUUUGCUCGUAAGAAAAUUCGAUUUUUUUGUGGGGAAAUGUGGGUUCUCAUUUAUUGUUUAGUUGAUGCCAUAAAAGGAGAGCAGGUAACUGUUUUAUACGGCUAUACCUGUUUCUUCUCAUGUCCAUACACAUAAUAUACUUACAGGAUAGUGUUCUUGAAGCAGAGUUUACAGGAAGUAUUGUAAUAUUUAGUUAA